UAGGACAAUGCUAUUGCAUUGUUAAAUCUUUUUAAGAUUGUUCAAUGAAAAGUUUACAUACUUUUAAACUUAAUAUAUUCUACUUACAUACCUAUUAUUAGGCAUGGAAGUUGUUUGGAAGAGUAUAAAAUUUAAAUAUAUAUUUGCUUGCAUUUUGAUCACUUUUAUUAUUUCAUGUUUGAUAAGUAUUGCACCUAUAAGCAUUGAUGAAUGCAAAUGUGAAAUAACUACUCAGCCAAGUCAUUAUAAUAAUAAACAAGGAAAUAGUGAUGUUAAAACUUAUAGAAAGUCAGAACAUCGUUUGGCUGUACUUGUGCCAUUUCGAGAUCGUUUUGAAGAAUUAUUAAUCUUUGCUCCACAUAUGAAAAAAUUUUUAGAUAAACAAACUAUAGAUUACCAUAUAUUUAUACUUAAUCAGGUUGAUAGGUUUAGAUUCAACCGAGCCUCUCUUAUAAAUGUAGGCUUCCUUGAAAUUAGCAAAGCUUUUGAUUAUAUAGCUAUACAUGAUGUAGACUUAUUACCAGUCAACGAUGAACUAUCGUAUUCUUUUCCUAACAAGGGUCCUCAUCAUGUAUCUUCUCCAGAAUUGCAUCCUCGAUAUCAUUACCCAACAUUUAUUGGAGGAAUAUUACUAAUUAAAAGAGAUCAUUUUAUACAAGUAAAUGGAAUGUCUAACAAAUAUUGGGGAUGGGGUCUUGAAGAUGACGAAUUCUAUGUUAGGUUGAAAGAAGCUGGAUUAAUAGUCUCAAGGCCACAAAAUAUAUCUACUGGGACACAUAAUACAUUCAAACAUAUACACGAUAGAAAUCAUCGGAAACGGGAUAUGAUCAAAUGUUAUAAUCAACGUGAAGUUACUAGAAAGCGAGAUCGCCAGACUGGUUUAAAUAAUGUAUCUUAUAAAAUAUUAGGUACAAUUAAAAUGACUAUAGGGGACACUUCACUAACCGUCCUUAAUAUUUCUCUAAUGUGUGAUAAGUUGAAUACACCUUGGUGUGAAUGUGAUAAAGUAGUUGGAUCUAAGGAUGGAAAGUCUAAGGAGAAAAAAAAGGUCAAUAAUAACAAAUCUGCCACUGGAUUGUAAUUAUGCAAACAAAAGUGUAUUGAAAGAUAAAAAUAUAUGUAUAUAUAUAUAUAUAUAUACACACACAUAUAAAUUCUAUCAUAUUUACUUCAUAGUUUUCUUUACCUCUUUUGCUUUGCAUAUAUUUAAUGAAGCAAAUAAAACAAUUUUUGUAACUUA